AUGAAAGUCAACCUUUUAGUCUCGGUCAUCACUGUUGAUCAUGUCCUGAUGGAAGUCGGCUAUUCAAUUCCCAUCGUCGUCUUCUGUCUUGUCCAUGUGAAAAUUAGCUGUCCAGUUCUCGUUGUCACCAUCGGUCUAGUCCUGAUGGAAGUUGGUUGUCCCAUCUCGAUCGUCGCUGUUAUUACAAUCUCAAUCGGCUUUGAUAGUUUGAUCUUGGUGAAAGUUGGGUUUGAAGCGCCACUUCUAAGGAAACUUGCGGACAAAGUGGCAGCAGAGGGAUUCUUGGUGGUUGUUCCUGAUCUUCUGUACGGUGACUACUUUGAUCCACACAAUCCUCAAUGUGAUAGAGACACGUGGAGAAAGGCUCAUGGGACGGAUAAAGGACAUGAAGAUACGAAACCUCUUAUUGCUGCUCUUUCAAGUAAAGGUGUCACUGCCAUAGGACUGCAGGUUUCUGCUGGGAAGUUUGACAGCUUCGUGAAGAUAUACCCAGGUGUGUCUCAUGGGUGGACGGUAAGGUACAACGCAGACAUUGAGUCAGCUGUCAAGAGUGCAGAAGAGGCUCAUCAGGACAUGUUGAAUUGGUUUACCAAGCACAUCAAGUGA